AUGGAUGCACGGGUGGGGAAAAGACAGUGCGCGAUGCGUGAAGCACCGACGAGAGACUGCGAGGGGCUGGCGCGAGCCCGCCCCUUUGCCUUUGUUGAGUACACCACACACGCGGGUGUUAUGACUGGCACGCCUGGCACCUGUUUGCACUCCGCGGACUGCUCCGAAACACACACGCGGGUGUUCUCACUGGCACACACUAGCGCUACUGUAUGGGAAACAGCAGUAGACUAUCUUCGUUGUGCCAUAUCAUAA